UAUUUAUAUUUUUUAUUGAAAUCUUCCCUUUGUGUAAAAAAAAAAAGAAAGAAAGAAAAAAAGAGAAAAUGAUGAGUCUGCUGUGCAUCACAAUAAUCUCCCUGACCCUGGCUGGCAGCGCGUACAGUCAAGUGACAAGCCCUCCCUCACUACCAACAGUCAAGGUUUCUGCUGACCUUGGUGGCAACGUCACCCUGCCCUGCAGGCUCUUGCACACAGACGACACAUCCUUUGGCAGCAUCGGUAUCCGGGUGAGGUGGACCAAGGUGGCCGAUGAUGAAUCACAGAAUGAGGAUGUGCUGGUUUCAAUGGGAUUCCACAAGAAAACCUACGGAAGCUUCGAGGACCGCGUCUACCUGCAGGAGUUUGACAACGACGACGCCUCCUUAAUAAUAACUGACGUCUCCAUGGACGACGUGGGAAAAUACCACUGUGAGAUCGUCAACGGGGUGGAAGACACCGUGCAAGAGGUCGUCUUGGAGGUGCAAGGUGGUGCCAUGAACGGUGUUGUAUUCCCAUACUCCCCCUUUGUGGGUCGCUACAACCUGAACUUCCAAGAUGCUAUGAAGGCCUGUGAGGACCAGGGUGCCGUGGGUGCCACCUUUGAUCAGCUGUUUGAGGCCUGGAAGGGCGGUCUGGACUGGUGCAACGCUGGCUGGCUGAGCGAUGGCACGGUGCAGUAUCCCAUCACCAAACCCAGAGCACCUUGUGGUGGAACCAACAGCGGGCCUGGUCUCAGAAGCUAUGGACGCCAGAACAGGAUGAGCCGCUACGAUGUGUUCUGCUAUGCUUCCGCCCUCAACGGACGUUUGUAUUGGCUGGUCCAGCCUGACAGGCUGACCUUUGACGAGGCUGUGCAGGCAUGCUUAGAUGACGGUGCAGAGAUCGCCAAGGUGGGCCACAUGUACUCCGCCUGGAAGCUUGAGGGUUACGAUCGCUGCGAUGCCGGCUGGUUGGCUGACGGAAGCGUCCGCUACCCCAUCUCCAGACCCCGCAAGAACUGCAGCCCCACAGAAGCUGCAGUGCGCUUUGUUGGAUUCCCCGACAAGAGCCAGAAGUCUUAUGGCGUCUACUGUUACAGGUCUUAUUAGUGAGGGGAGGUAGAAAGGAGCAGGGAAGCCAUAACCACCAAAGAGCAGCAACAACCACAACCAGUUAAAUCAACAAUGAAGCAGAUAAGCUUUGGAUCUUAACUAGCAUGAACUCAAUACCUUUCUGAAGCUGUGAUAACCCUAAAACAAAUACUGUACAUCUUAUGCCCAUAUGCAAUGAAUGGCAAAGUAUUUUGUAGCCAUUAAUUUUUGUUUUUCUCUAGCUGUGCAUUCAUUGAUUUUCCACAGGCUGUUGGGUAAAGGGGCAACAGUGUUAAAGUGACUGAUGAGACAGAGACAAGAACUUAAUGGUCAACAUCAUCUAAGUUUAGUUUGUCUUCCACAGAAUGUAAAGAUGUGUGAAGUUCAAGAUUUGGGGCGAUAAUGCUCAUGUGCAGAUGAUACGUGCUGCUUUAAAAUUUCUAUAGAAGAAAACAAUGUGUUAUUUUAUUUUUUAUCAGUUAUCACAUCCAUAAAAAAAAUUCAAUUGAUGACAAAAGCAUGAACAUAACUCAGCUACCGCUGUUGAGCUAUGAAUACGUACAUGUUAUACUGCAGUAAGUAAUCGAUUGGAUCCACCUUCAAGCAGAGUUGAAGCUCUUUUUCUUUUUUUUUUUGACCGGAGGAGUUGUGAUCAAAUUAACUGCCAAUAAAAUGAAUGUAAAUGUUUCAGUCUGUGACCUUUUCUGCAUCGAAAGCUCCUCUUAGAUCAACUCCCAACUACAAUCUGAAGUACGUUUUUACUGUUAUAACCUUGAGCAGUGUGUUUGUUCUAACAAACUUUUUUAAUGAUCACAUCCAUGGUGUUUUUUUUAAAGCAAAAGAACAGAUUUUGUCUAAUACUUGCAGCUUUUUUGGUGAAAUGUAGUUUUUAGACAACUUAAACCUGGCUCAUACAAGCAGGAUUUUGGCAAAAUAGUGAAUUCCUGAACUAAAAAUAUACCCCUGAUUGUCUAACAAUGAUAGAGAAGAAAUCUGACAUUACAGCAGUGACAGUAAAGCUAUCAAAUAUACGGCCGCAAAUCCACUCUGACUGCUGACAGGUUCACAUGUUUUUACUGUGGUUAUGAGUUGUAAAUUUCCACUGGCAUUCUUUGAAAGGACUGAUUAAUAUGAUGAUUACAAUGAUGAUCACUUACACUCCUAAACAGAUUCAUUGAUAGUCAUGCUGUAGUGACUGCAUCUCAAUAUGUGUCUCUAAAUGUUUCCUGUGGACCACGGUGGCCAUGUUUUUGACAAUACAAAGCUGAUUAUUUUGAGGUGUGCCACAACCAGUAGAUAGAACAAUUAAUAGGUAUGAGUUACAAAAAUAAUUUCAAAUUUUGUGGUUUUUUUUGCGAUGUUGUUUCUUUUUUUUUUUUACUUUUUCUAACCCUGGGCACUGACACAUGGUACUUACUGCAGAUUACAUGUGGUAAUAUGGCAUUGUUUGUAAAAGCAAAACUUCUGUCAAACUCGUGUAUUUGUUCACACUUGCGCAUGAAAAAAAAAAACAAAAGAUUAAGGUAUUUUUGUAUCUUAUCGCCAUGUACCUUUUUCAACAAAGCAGUUUGAAAUAAAGAAUAUGACUUUCAAA